GCCGCUUCGCCAGCCCCGCAGCCCGCUGGCACCAUGAAUUGGGGCACCGAGCUGUGGGAUCAAUUUGACACCCUCGAAAAACACACCCAGUGGGGUAUCGACAUUCUGGAAAAAUAUAUCAAAUUCGUCAAAGACCGGACUGAAAUUGAGAUCAAUUAUGCAAAGCAGCUUAGGAACCUCGCCAAGAAAUACCAGCCCAAAAAGAACUCCAAAGAAGAGGAUGAAUACACGUAUUCAUCAUGUCGGGCUUUCUUGGCAACUUUGAACGAAAUGAACGAUUACGCCGGUCAACACGAGGUCAUUUCAGAGAACAUGACCUCCCAAAUCACCACCGAGUUAGCCCGUUAUGUACAAGAACUCAAGCAGGAAAGAAAAUCGCAUUUUCAUGACGGACGGAAAGCGCAGCAAUACAUAGAAACCUGUUGGAAACAGCUGGAAUCAAGUAAACGGCGAUUUGAACGGGAUUGCAAAGAGGCAGAUCGAGCGCAACAGUACUUUGAGAAGAUGGACGCGGACAUCAAUGUCACGAAAGCAGAUGUCGAAAAGGCACGUCAGCAAGCUCAGCUCCGUCACCAGAUGGCCGAAGACAGCAAAGGGGAGUAUCUGUCCACGUUACAGAAGUUCAACCACGAGCAACGGGAACAUUACCACACGCACAUCCCCAAUAUUUUUCAGAAAAUCCAAGACAUGGAAGAGAGACGGAUCAUCAGAAUAGGAGAAUCCAUGAAAACGUUUGCCGAGGUGGAUCGCCAGGUGACACCCAUCAUCGGGAAGUGCCUGGAUGAGAUCACCAAAGCAGUAGAUUCCAUUGAUCCGAAGCACGAUUCUCAGCUCGUGAUCGAUGCCUUCAAAUCGGGCUUCGAACCUCCGGGAGAUGUCGAUUUUGAAGACUUCACCCAGCCGAUCAAGCGAGCCGUUUCCGAAUCGAGUCUCUCUAACUCCAAAGAGACCAAGUCCGAAUCCAGAUUUUCCACCAAGUCCAAGGGCAAAUUAUGGCCAUUUAUGAAAAAAAGCAAGCUUAUGUCCCUUUUAACACCCCCCUAUCAGCCUCCUCCUCUGCCCCCUUCCUCUGCCUCGCCUUCUGCUCUUCCAAAUGGCCCUCAGUCCCCCAAGCAGCCAAAGGAACCCCUCUCCCAUCGCUUCAACGAGUUCAUGACCUCCAAGCCCAAAAUCCACUGCUUCAGGAGCCUAAAGCGCGGGCUUUCCCUGAAGCUGAUAACUUUGAAUAUGCAGGUCUGGAAUUUAAUGGAGGGCGGAGGACCAGAAGAUUAUAGCAAUCUUCCCCCGGAGCAACGGAGAAAGAAACUGCAGCAGAAAGUGGAUGAAAUCAACAAGGAUAUUCAGAAAGAGCUGGAUCAGAGAGAGGCCUUAACGAAAAUGAAAGAUGUCUACAUCAAGAACCCUCAAAUGGGGGAUGCAGCCAGCGUGGACCUUAAGUUAGCUGAACUCGGUCAAAACUUGGAGAAGCUGAGGCUGGAAGUACAAAAAUUUGAGGGCUGGUUAGCGGAGGUGGAAGGUCGGUUACCUGUCCGAACAGAGGUGAUGCGCCGCCAGAGUGGAGCGUACGAGCCCCAGAGUAACACCUUGACCGUCACAAACUGUGUCCAGGACCGAGAGAGCAGUCCCGAUGGCGGUUACACAGAGGAACCCAGCCAGGAGAGUGAGAUGAAAACGCCGACGACCGAAUUCGACGAUGAAUUUGACGAUGAGGAGCCCCUACCCACCAUUGGUACCUGCAAGGCUCUCUACACCUUUGAAGGACAGAAUGAAGGAACCAUUUCUGUGACGGAAGGAGAAACCUUGUAUGUCAUAGAGGAAGACAAAGGAGACGGGUGGACUCGCAUCCGGAGGAACGAGGAUGAGGAAGGCUACGUCCCCACUUCUUACGUCGAGGUCUUUUUGGAGAAGAACGCCAAAGAUUCCUAAAGAAAAAA